GGUACAGCGACGAGGCAACAUGGACGUGCCAGUGCUAGGUGUCGUAUUAAACUGGUUCCUUAUACUCUUGAGUAUUUGUAUCUUUUUAAUAUGUUGCUUCUUUUACUCGACUUAUAAUUACUGGAAGAAUCGCGGCAUCCCUUACGAGAAACCGUUCCUUUUCUUCGGCAAUCUUAGUUUCGUGUUGAGAAAAAGCGUAUGGGAUUUUUGUUACGAAUUGAAAAAUAAACAUCCUAGGGAUUAUGUCGGAAUAUUUCUGGCAUGGAAGCCGGCUCUAAUGCUGCAGACGCCGGAAUUCGCAAGAAGGAUUUUCGUCAAAGACUUUGAAUAUUUUCAGGAUCGAUUUUUGUACACUGGUUUCUCUGAUCCUUUGGGUUCUUUGAAUUUAUUUACAGUCAAGAAUCCAAUUUGGUCGACAAUGCGAAACUCUUUAUCUCCUAUGUUUACAGCUUCUAGACUGAAAAUGAUAACAGAGUUAAUGAACAUGAAUUCUAAAGAACUAGUCGGAAAAAUACGUCGAGAUCACAUCGAUAACAAUAAAGAUGUCAACUUAAAGGAGCUAUUCUCAAUGUAUACUUCAGAUACGGUGGCAUACAGCGUUUUCGGUAUCAGAGUUAGCGUGCUAAACGAUCAGGACUCCCCGCUGUGGUUCAUCACCAACCACAUGGUCAAAUGGACCUUCUGGAGAGGCUUGGAGUUUACUAUGAUAUUCUUUGUACCUGCUAUUGCUGCUUUACUCCGAUUACAAUUCUUUUCGGACGCUGCAACUGAUUAUAUAAAGAAGAUAUUCUGGAACGUUGCCAAAGAACGAAAGAACAGCGGCUACGAUAAUCAUAAGGACCUCGUUAAUCAUUUACUUAAGCUAAGAGAUAAUUUAAAACUCCCGGCUGAUUCGGGAUCUGAUUUAGCUGAUAAUUUAAUGCUGGCGCAAGCAGCUGUGUUUAUAUUGGGCUCUAUAGAGACAUCUUCUACGGCAUUGAGUUAUUGUUUGCAUGAACUUGCACAUCAUCCAGAAGAGCAGGAGAAACUUCACAAUGAAGUUUUGGGUGCGUUAAAAAAAUCUGGUAACGAUACUUUGAAUUACGACGAGUUAAUGGAAUUGAAAUACAUGUCAUCAUGUAUUAACGAAACACUCCGCAAGUAUCCGCCACUCGGAUAUUUGGAUAGGAUUUGCAAUCAAAGAUAUAAGUUAAACGACGAUGUGAUCAUUGAGAAAGGAACGCCAGUGUUUAUAAAUGUGCUAGCGAUACAUUACGAUGAGAAGAUUUACCCAGAACCUAACCAGUGGCGACCGGAAAGAAUGCAUAAUGCUUCUGAUAACGAUAAUCUUAACUUUACCUUCUUACCUUUCGGUGAAGGACCUCGUUUCUGCAUAGGCAAACGCUACGGCUACAUGCAAAUCCGCGCGUCGCUCGCUCAGUUGGUUGCCGCAUACAAAUUCCUACCAGCUGACAUCCCUUAUAAAGUGGAAACAGAUCCUUACAGUGUUAUAUUGUCACCUAAAGACGGCUUGAGUGUUAAAUUUCAAGCACGAUAAAAAUUGCAUUUAAAUAUGAAAAGUAAAUAGUUUAGAUUAAGUUUUCAAAUGAACAUUAAAUAUUUGUACAAACUAUUGUUUCAUUAAAAAAAUAUGUUAUCUAUUAUAAAAGAGCCUAUUAAAUAA